GAAGUAAUAUUGUUGUUUUUUCAAUUCAUAAUCAUCAUUUUUCUCAAUUGAAUAUUUAGAAUUCACCACGAUAAAGGCUUGCUCUGCUGAAAUAUGAAGAUAUUUUUUAACCUUCUAUUACAUUCCUAUUACUUUGAGUUGCUUCUAAAUUGCGGAAAUAAUCAGUUAAACUGAAUAAAUAUCACAAGUAACCACGAAAAAUUUGUGUUUACUGAUCUCACCUACUCCUGAAAGCGAAUGCUGUGGAGAGCGCAGCCUAGCCUUGAGUCGGGUAUCCUGUAGUGAAACACACAGAACUGACAGAACACUAAUGUCUAUCUGUACUCUAUGGUGCUCAAUAAUUUUCGAAACCGGGGAAAGAAUGGGAUUUCAAUAUUUCUAUGUUUUACUCAAUGACUCUAUCUAUGUUCUAACCUAAUUUAUUGAGAAAUUCUAUUUCGUUAUCGUUACAUUUAAAAUAGAAAUGAAAGGUUUUUUGAUUUAUACCAUUGUAUUAUCUAUAUUUCUGAUUCAUUUUACUUAUCAGAAAUCACAAAUUUUCCAGGAACGAAGUACUUGUGAAAUAUCUAUUAAAUUAAAAAAUAAAAAUAAAUCAUAUUUGGUUCCGGCUGAAAUAGAUGCUGAAAAUGAUGAAUUACGGUUAAUUAUUUCACUCUGUACCGAAAACAAUUUUGUUUCUGGAGGUCAAUCGAAUUUUUCUGAAGUUUUUUUAUAUAAUAAGACUACUAAAUUGUGGGUGAAUAACACUGCUAAUUUAAAACCAUAUGAAGUGGCGAAGGUUAAAAAAGACAUUGAAAUCACUUUACAAAAUGAAAUCAAAUGUAACGAUAAUGAAAAUUAUCAAAUAUCAAUCAUCCUGGGGACAUACAAUAAGGUACGCCUCAAUAUUGUACAGGAUUGUAUGGUUGAAAUAGAACUUACACUUCCAGAAUAUGAUCCUGAAUGCAUGAAGCAUCUCUCAGGUAAAUGGUUUAUAGAUUUGUCUCCCCUUAGAGGAAAUGUGAUAUCUUUGAAUAAUGACAAGGAUAAUUUCAAAAUUGCUUUAUGUGGUAAAGUACCCAAAUGUGAAGCUGGAUGUAAGAUUUCAGGAAAUGAAACAACACUUAUUGGUUCAGUGGAAAAACAGAAAGUGAAAUUCUCUUCGAAUGAAGUGUCUGUUGUUUCAUCAAUAAAGCCUAAGAAAAGUAUGGAAGUAUUACUCAAAUGUAACUGGACUGUCAAAUCUUUUGAAAAACCAAAAUUGCUGCAUAAAGGACCAAACUAUAAAUUCGAAGUGCAAUCAUCAUAUGGUUGUGUUAAAACACCUGUAUCCUGUAUACAAAAAAAAGAUUUUUUGACCUUUAAUUUGGCAGGUUUGACUACAAAAAAUGGAACUAUUGUGACAAAUAGUACAAUUCUAUUUCAUAUUUGUGGCGACUUGGAUUUAAAAGGUCCUAAAAAUAACAGUUGCCAUUUGCAAAAUUCGCAAGUUUGUGAAAUCAAAGGAAGGAACUACUUGAAUAGAGGAAGUAUUCCGAAUUUUGAAGUAAUCAAAGACGAUCAUAUUAAAGUAACUUUCAAUGGUGGACAAGAAUGUAAUGAAAAUGAAGCAUAUUCAACUGUUCUUGAUCUAAAAUGUUCAUUGACUGAUAGUCCACCUACUUUGGUCUCUGAAGAGGGUUGUGUAACAAAAAUAUAUUGGGAAACACAGAAGGCAUGCCCAAAGUAUCAGAUAAACGAAACAAGUUGUUCAAUACAUUCAUCUCAAGGCAAUGUGGAUCUUGCAGAACUAUACAGAAAUGAUGAUUACACGCAGCAGUUUCAUCCAAGCCAAAACCUCAUUUUCAACAUAUGCGGUAGACUCCAUUCGAUGUGUUCCAAUUCAGCGGAUGUUACUGCCUGCUUCAUAGAUGGCAAUAUACAGAAAAUAAUAGGUUGGAACUGGCCAAAUUUGUCAUUCAUUGAUGGUAAACUUCAGUUGAAAUAUACAGGGGAAAAAUGUGUCAGCCAGAAUAAACCUUAUUCCUUAAUAAUCAAUAUGAUCUGCAGUUUUGUCGAAUCUCCUAGCUUUUUGGCUUCUUCUCCAAAUGUUUCGAAAGUUGAUGAUUGUACUUUCACAGCUACAGUUGUCAGCUCUUCUGCAUGUUUGAAACAAUGGGAAAUAAAGAACUGUACUGUUGAUGAAGAAAACUUCAGGUAUGAUCUAAGUCCACUGAUGAAAAAAAAUGAAAAUUAUGAAAUUAAGGAUGAUAGUAACAGCAAUAUCACCUAUUUUUUGAAUCUGUGUGCUCCAGUUAUACCAAGAGAAAAUUUAUUAUUCUCUUCUGGUUCUAUGGUUUACAUGGAAAACUCCUCUAUUGCUUUAAUAACAAAAAGGUUUACCUCCUUAGGUGCUAUAGCUGGUCCAACCAUUGAAAAAGAUACAAAUAAAUUAGUUGUGGCUACAUUCGGAACAUCUCCAUCAAGCAAAAUAAUUUUCGAAUGUUCAGAUGAAGAUGGAUCCCCCACUAUACUAGGAAAUAAAGAAGAUCAUUUUGAAUUCACAUGGAAAACAAAACAUGCUUGCCCUAAAAUGAAAGAAAAUGUGAGCUGCAUGCUUACUGAAGGCAAUAUAUCAAUUGAAGUACCUGGGGAUCCAAUUGAGUUGACGAUUAAUCAAGACCAUAUAUAUUACUUCAGUUUGUGCCUUGACCAAUACCUUUCUUGCAGAAGCGUUAGUUUAUGUGUAACAAAAAAACUAUCCAAUAAAAUUAAAACUCAGAAUGGAUCCAUCCAAUACAUUCUGAGUGAUACAGAUCAUUCAAUAUUGAGAACUGUUAACUUGAUUGUUGAAUGUGACCGUCACACAUAUUUCAACUUCACUAAUAUAGAAAAUAGGAACAAUGGGCAUGUUGAUGUAUUCAUAAAAACAAAAUUGUUUUGUGAUAAUGCUCCACAAACAACCAGAAAUGAGAAAAAAAAUGAUCAGAAGGAAAGAGAUAUAUCUGUAUCUAUAGUUCAGACUCAGGUCCCUGUAGCUAAUGUUAGUUAUGUUUUGGUUAAAAGCAAUGAAAUAGUAGAACAUAUUCUACAUGAUGAACCAACAACAAAAAAAUCGUCAAAAGUUAAAGAAAUGGAAAUCGAUAUUAAUUCUGAUCCGUCUGAACAUUCACGGAAGUAUGAAAAAAACAUUACGUCUUCUGGAAAAAGUCUCAGUUCACCAAAUAGCAGAUGCAGUAAAGUAAAUGUUCAUGAAAAUCUACUCGAUUUAAAUGAUUUGAAGUACAAGGAGUUCAAAGUAGACGAUGCUAUGUACAUCUUCAACUUCAAUGGCAGUUCACCUAAAUGCUCAGGAUUUAUCUGCAAGAAUGGUGAUAACAUUUUAAGUUUCAUAGAAAAGUGUCCUGAUGUAUCUUAUGAAGAAAAUUCUAUUAUUUUGACUUAUUUCACUGAGGAAAUUUGUCAUGUUGUUGAGAAAGCUAAUUCUACAAUUUUGCCAGAACAAAUCGCAAAAAGAAUAAUGGAAAUAUCUCUGAGCUGUAAUUAUAAUGAAGAAAUAACUACUGAAGUAACUGAAGCAAACUGUAAAAUAGUUAUCCAUCACUCUUCACCAAAGAUCUGCAUUUUUUUCAGCACUCACAAGGUUUUUGUACUAGUUGUAAUUAUUGUUAUAUUCCUUUUUAUUUUUUUAUGUUUUAUCGUGUAUUUAUUGAAAAAAAAUAAUUAUCUGAAGAAAUGUUCCUAUCAAAAGGUUGAUGAUGAUUUAAUUUUGAUUGACCAUCAUAAGAUUCUUUAAUUAGUUUAGUUGUGCCUGUGAUAAACAAUUUUUUUUAUGGAACAAGAUUUAAGUGUUUUCUCUUUUUUUUUGAGCUUCGAAAAUGUAGCUAGUGCUCUUAUUAUAACUCUAUAAGGUAUGUUGGGGUAAGUGCAACCACUUUUUUCAUUAGUACAAAAAAAUAUUAAUUACAGUAUCUAAAUUGCUCUCAAUUUUUUUGUUUUCUUCGGAGUGUUUAUUAUUGACUGUCUGAAUAAUCACUUUGAAUCUAUAAAAUUAUUUUUUGGAGAAAUGUUUUCAAUUUUGAAUGACCAAAAUCGCACUAGCCCUCGAGUUUGGGCCAAAUGCGAGCUCAGCUAUAGUAAAUAGAUCUGAAUGUAUAUAUAUUUUUACGAGGCAACAGCGUUUCAUUUCUUUCUUAAUAAUAUUUUUGGUUUUUGCAGAACAUUUUUAUCUGUACGUGUUCAAAAAUCAGAAACUUUUUAAAUGGAAACAAGAUUGGAGUGUUCCUACAAAUUUUUAUUUCUUAGAAAACAAGUUGUGUUGAUCAAAUGCGUGAAGAAAUAUAAGUAUGUACAUGCUUAUUCAUUCAAGAUACGAAAAUGUUUUGGGCAAGUGCGCCUGCAAACACACACUACCGGCAAAUAUCGCACUUGCCCCGUAAGCAGAUUAUUAAUGGGCCAUAACUUAAAAACUAACUACAAAAGUUAAAUCAUCAAUAUUCAGUAUUAAUCUAAACUAUAAAACACCUGAUAUACAUUAUCAUUAGAUUAUUUUAGCUCCAAGAAUUUAUGAAUUUUUGACGUUAUACUCUCGACACCCUUUAUUCCGUCCAGGUCAUAAACACAAUACGACCAUUUCAUGAGACUUCAUGGAAGCGAUGUCAAAUUUACUUCGAGUUGUUACGAAAAAUUGCGGGAUUCAGCUAAUUUAAUGAAAUUCUCAAAAUAUAUUUUAUAGGCGUCAUUAGAGACACACUCUUACCCAAACUCACCUUAAUAGUAAUAAUUUAGAAUAGUUGUUUUUUUUUUUCAACCUUUUUUCAGUCUAGUCUCUUAGCUUCUUAUUUACAAACAGUAUUAUAUAUUAUAACACGUAUCAUGUUAAUUUUUAAUAUUGAUUGAAAAAUUUUUUUUCAUAAACAUUAUUGAACUCUUA